AUGAAGGCAGUUGGAAUUAAGGGCGGCAGAGGAAAUGCCGACGACUUCUUCAUCGAGGACGAUGUGCCGGAUCCGGUGGCCAACGGUAAUUGUAUUUUGGUACGGAUACAUUCUUUCGGUCUAAAUCGCAUGGAUAUUAUGCAGCGAGAGGAUCGUUAUCCCUAUCCACUGCUGCCUGAGUCUGGCAAGAUCCUGGGCGUGGAGUUCAGCGGUAUCGUUGAGGCAAAGGGCGCAGAAUGCCAGUCGGAUUUCCAAAUUGGACAAAAGUGCUUUGGCCUUGCUUAUGGAGGUGCCUACGCUGAGAAGAUCUCCGUGUCGGAAAAUAUGCUCAUGCAUAUGCCCGAGGGCAUGAGCUUCGAGACGGCCGCUGGCUUCCCUGAAACAUACUUCACUGCCGUCCAAGCAAUUCACCUCAUUGGUGGCUUGCAACCCGGUCAAUCAGUUCUUAUCCACGCCGGCUCUUCGGGAGUCGGCCAAGCCGCCAUCCAAAUGGCCCGCUGCGGCGGCGCCAGUAAGAUCUUUGUGACAGCUGGCAGCGACUCCAAGUGCAACUUGUGCAAAUCCCUUGGCGCUGACUUCGCCAUUAACUACCGGACUUGCGGCGACAAUGAUUUUGCCGAGGUAAUUCGCUGCGAGACCGGGGGCAAAGGCGUCAACCUGAUCAUAGACUUGGUGGGCCAGUCAUACUGGCACCGCACCACGGCGGCGGCUGCGAUGGAGGGCCGCAUUGUUAUAGUUGCGACGAUGAGUGGCGCCAUUAUUGAGAAGUUCAGCUUGCGAGACCUGAUGAACAAGCGGCUUUGGGUCAUGACAACGACACUUCGUACACGCCAGUCUGACUACCAGAAGCAGCUGCGGGAUGUUGUAAUCGAGAAGGCACUCCCACAUUUCGCCAGGGGCGAGAUGAAGGUCACCGUGGAUGAAGUCUUCUCUUGGACAGAGAUUGGGAAUGCCCACAAGAAGAUGGAGUCAAAUACCCACGCUGGGAAGCUAAUUUGCAACGUCCAGGUCUAG